UCUAUCUGUCUGCCUGUCUGUCUCUAUGUUUUUUUCCUCCUCUUUUUUAUUUCCAUUCCGAGCUGUAAGACCUUUCGCUGCCAGACCCAGACCCCCCCUCUCCUCUCUCCUUAUAUUCCUUGGUUGUCCAAGCCCAACGGAUCCCGCUUACGUCUUCUCUGCUUCUCUGUAAUCUGCACUUGAGGCUUGCUUUCAGUUCUAGAUGUUUAAUUAAAGCUAAAGCUGCUUCUUUCCCAGAACGAAAUGGAGCUGAGUUGAAAGCUUAGUACUUCAGUUCUAGUUUAGUUGGUAACCGUGAUCGAAGCUCAGGUGAUACCGGAUACGUAUCGGCAGGCAUGACGAUGAGUAACAAUAUCGGUCAGUUCGGCGACACGACGCUUACUAAAGUGUUUGUCGGGGGGCUAGCAUGGGAGACGCAGAAGGAGGUCAUGAGAGAGCACUUUGAGAAGUACGGCGAGAUCUUGGAGGCUGUCAUCAUUUCCGAUAAGGUCACCGGGAAAUCCAAGGGCUACGGAUUCGUGACGUUCAAGGAUGCUGAAGCGGCGAAGAAGGCUUGUGAGGACGCGACGCCGGUGAUCAAUGGCCGCCGAGCUAACUGUAACCUGGCUUCCCUCGGGGCGCGUCGCCCGAGGUCAUCGCCGUCGUCGUCAACACCUCAACAAGGAUCUAACGUCGGGCCGAGAUCCACGUCAUCUGCACCACCGAAUCCGGUCCGAUGGUACUACCCGACGCCGACGGCAACCCCAGCUUCGCCUUACCAUCAUCAUCAUCAUGCGGUUCCAUUCUACGGGUACUCUCCGACCUACAUCGCCACUGAUUACGGCUACAACCCUAAGUUAGGAUACAACGGUGGGUCCUACGUGAAUGGGCACUACACGCAGGUGUACCCGGGGCAAGGCAUGGUGAACGCCAACAGUAUGAUGCCAAUGUAUACAUUCUAUCAUUUCCAUCAACCGCAGACGAUGGGAGUCCCUGCUCACAUGUUCCCACCAACAACAGCGGGACCCAUGACCAACGUCCCAACUAUCAUCUCGAAGCCGACUGUAAUGGCCCCUAACUCAGUUUGUUUGGCUGUGGAAUAGGUGGUCGGACGCAGGCGGAAUGUUUGGAGGAGGAGGAGGACAAGAGUUCUUAAGAGUUAAGGCCACUGUUCAAGAAUCAAGACCAACUAUAUUAUUAUCUGAUCUGUGAUUCUUCUAUUUAUUUAUUUUUCCUCUUCCUUCUUAUUUUAGUUCUUAAUUAGGCUUCCGUAAGAUUCAUUCAUUCUCUCUAACAUGCAUCUCAUCUUGAAAUGCUACCUUUCCUUUCCCCCACAAGAAAAAAAAUGUUACAGAAGUCAUGACUUUUUACCCAUGUAUUUUUUCGGUAAGCUUUUUAAUGGCUUCA